AUGGACGAAAAAUUAAGAACCCCACCUAUCAAUCCACUCCUCCUUCGUAUCCAAGCAUCUAUUGCUUCCUUACGUUUAAAUUCAUAUGUAAAUUACAACUUAUUGCCUAAAACCUCAACACAAUCUAACUUUCGACAUCGACCAUCGAGGUCCUUAUUUCCAUAUUUUGUAAGGCGGAAAUGGGGAAGGAGUAUCGAUCCUUUUGAAGAAACACCCGCAAUAACAGGUCAUUCUUCUCAAUCUCCACCUCCUCCACGGCCACCACCAUUAUUUUCUACUUUUACCGAUAAUUAUCCCAAACAACUCGCAAUUUUAAUUAUACCGUCUUCCAACAAGUCAAUUAAUACAUACAGUAAGACGAUAGUUGAUACAUGGGGAGCAGUUGCAAUGAAUAAUAAAGCAUUAAGUGUAGAUUUAUGGUUUGCUACUCCGGAUGACACCUUAAGAAAAUAUGGAUGGCCUAAUGUUCCUGGAUUCGAAGAUGUAAGAAAAAUUGAUAAAAUAAAAUCUAAGGGAAAAAGCAAGGAUGGUUUGACGGAACAAGAGGAAGAUACAUCUAAAGAUUUUAAAAGUUCUAAAAAAGUACAUGAAAAGGAUAAUCUUAAAGAAAUGAUGAGAGAGUUAGUUGAACAAACUAUGGUUUUUGAAGAACCUGUAGAAUUAAGUCAUGAACAAAAGUCUUUUAGAAUUGUUACUAAAGCACUCCAUUUUCUUUAUUCAUAUCAUCUUGAUCAUUAUAACUAUGUUUUAAAAAUUACCGAUCAAACAUUUGUUAAUUUACCACGCCUCCUAGAGUUACUUUCAAGAACAACACGUAAACCUCGGUUGAUAGGUCGCCCUGAUACAGAUUUUGAGACUAAUGUAAAAUUUUGUUGGAAAGGCCCAGGUUACAUAUUGAGUAAAGAUCUUUUAUCUAUUGUUGGACCACAUUUACCUUUUUGUCUUGAAGAUAAAUCAAUUACCGAAGAUAUAGCAAUGGAAAGAUGUUUACGUAAUAAUGCACCUACUUUUAUCGGUUGUGAAGAUUUUACUAAUGGAACGGGGCACGAAUUUUUAUACUUACGACCAGAUGAUGAAACUAAUUGGGCAAAUGUCGCUCAUCCAGAACGACAAUUCAGUGAUGGUUACCUAGGAGGAUGGACAUUUGCUGAUUCUGUAAUAGUUGGUGGGGUUACAAGUGUUGAAACAUUAAAGGAUUUACAAAGUUGGUAUGGUAUAGGUGGUAAAUAUGAAAAAAGAGUUGAGAGACGAAUGUUAUUAUAUAAAAAGAAAUUAUUGAGAGGGAUGAAUGAUAAUUUACGUCAGGGAAAGUUUUAG